UGUUUGUGGGAUCUUGCUGCGUUAAAGUAGCUGCUGAGUUUUCUUCAUAAAAACAUUGACGGUUUUUGAGGCAUGGGGCGUGGAACCGGUGCUUGCGGGCACUAUUAAUGGCAUCUUGGUUACCCAAGAACCCCCGCGUUUGAGAAUUCGCCUUCGACCUAAUGCGCAAGCGUCGGGGUCGCUCAUGCUCCCGAAUGUCGCGCAUGCGCUCAGUGGCCUACAGGCUCAGGCGAUCCACCGCAGGGUUCUUUUGAAGACCCUGACCUGGAGUUUCAUGCUAACUUCAGGUCUUUGCGAGAAUGGGACACGCUGUCAGGGUUUCACGACUGGCCGUUAUUUGACACGCCAAGUGCGCAGCCUGAGAGCUUUGCUUGCCUUCUCGGGUCAGAAAUCUCGUGGCUCUGGAGACAGGAGGAUCGAAGGUUGGUGUCCCGGCAGGAGAUCAUGGGAGUCGGAAGAUGUGUGGUUGUGUGUCCAGAGACCUGAGAUCUUUGGGCACGAAGCUCAGAAAAAGCGAAGCAACAGGCUUUAAACAUCAUGAACCAGCGAGUUGUUUGUUAUGUCUCCCCUCUCACUGUGAAAUGGAGAUAUUUCUUUCUUCCUUAUUAGGUGGUGUGUUUUGUGGUUAGAAGCUGCAAAGAAUUUGUGCAUGGGACUUUCAAGCACAACAACAAGGGCUCACUCAGCUGAGCCACAGGUCCAGCAGUGAAUUCAUUGUGGGGAGAGAGACCAUUCACUUAUUCCGUGUCUGGGAAGAGAGUCACUCACUCAACCAAACUACAGACACACCGAUGAAUUCACCAUGGGCAGAGGCCAGUUACCUGUUAAGUGUCUGGGAAGGGUUUCACUCACUCAUCUAUCUACAGUCACACCAGGGAGUUUAGUGUGCAGAUGCCAUUUGCCUACUCUGUGUGUGAGAGAGGAUUUACUUACGCAUCCCGCCUGAAGAUACCUCAAAAGUUCACAGUUGAGAGGGUUCACCUGUUCUGAUGGGGGAAAGCGAAUCAUUCGGCCACUCAAGUGGAAAAUUCACUCCAUUGAGAGACUGUUCACCUUUUCCGUAUGUGGGACAAGAUUCGCUCAGUCAACCCUCCUGCAGACAUUAGUGAGCUUACAAGGGAGAGAGACACUUCAGCUGUUGCGUGUGGGAAGCAAUUUACUCGGUCAUUUGCUCUCCUGACACACAAGCGAUUUCACACUGGGGAAAGGUUGUUCAUCUGCUCAGAUUGUGGGAGGGAUUUACGCAGUCAUCCCACUGACAGACACACUAAUCAGUUCACACUGGGGAGAUGCCAUUUACCUGCUCAGACUGUGGAAAGGGAUUUCCUCACUCAUCUCAACUGAAGGUACAUCGGCGAGUUCACACUGGGGAGAGACCGUUCACCUGCCCAGACUGUGGGAAGAGAUUUACUCAAUCAUCCCACCUACAGAGACACCAGCAAGUUCACACUGGGGAGAGGCCAUUCACCUGUUCUGUGUGUGGGAAGGGAUUCACUCAGUUAUGCAACCUACAUGCACAUCAGUCAGUUCACACUGGAGAGAGGCCGUUCACCUGCUCAGAUUGUGAGAAGGGAUUCUCUCGGUCAUCUCACCUACUGGCACACCAGUCAGUUCACACUGAGGAGAAGCCAUUCAUCUGCUCAGACUGUGGAAAAGGAUUCACUCGGUCAUCUCAUCUGAAGGUACAUCAGCAAGUUCACACUGGGGAGAGGCCAUUCACCUGCUCGGAGUGUGAGAAGGGAUUCUCUCGGUCAUCUGACCUACUGGCACACCAGUCAGUUCACACUGGAGAGAUGCCUUUCAUCUGCUCAGACUGUGGGAAGGGAUUUCCUCGGUCAUUUCAAUUGAAGCUACAUCAGCGAAUUCACACAGGGGAGCGGCCAUUCACCUGCUCUGAAUGUGGGAAGGGGUUCACUCAGUCAUCCACCCUUGUGGUCCACUACCGAGUUCACACUGGAGAGAGGCCAUUCACCUGCUCUAAAUGUGGGAAGGGAUUCACUCACUCAUCCAACCUCGUAGCUCACUACCGAGUUCACACUGGAGAAAAGGUUUAAAUAAGCUGCAUGCUGAAUCCAGAGGCAAGUUCAAAAUUGACUGUUGGUGUCAAACUCUAUAUUUAUUGCUGCUGCUCAACACACCCAGUUCUGCACCCCAGUUACUGGACAUGGGAGGAGUUUCUUCCGCUGCUGUUCACCUUUAAUGGGUCUGGAGUUUAAUAUUCUGGAUCUCUGACAAAUAAAUCAGUUCUAUUUCAAACCCUGCCUCAGGUGCCAAGUGAAUCUACAACACACUUAAUGUAGAGUAGGGUCAACUCAGCUCAACUGUUCCAUGACAGUCCUUUUAAGUCCAUCCCUGCAGUUCAACUCCCACUUUUCCUGUGGUGAUAGGUUCCAAGCAGUAACUCUGUGGGUGAAGAGGUUUCCCUUGAAUUUCCUGCAAGACUUUCUUCAGACUGAAGAAGAUGAUGAGCUGACUGCAGUUAUGUCUGACGUGUUCUUUGCCCUCAAAUCUCUGAGCUGAGGAAGAAUGACUUUAGUAGUUAUCUCUUUAUUCCACUCAUUUCAACCACCCGGGACCACUCGGAACCACUCUUGCGGACGCCACUGCGCCACCGGCCGGAUUUGCACUCGGGACCACCCGGGACCACUCGGAACUUGGUUCCAAGCAGUCAUUCUGUGGGUGAAGAGGUUUCCCUUGAAUUUCCUGCAAGACUUUCUUCAGACUGAAGAAGAUGAUGAGCUGACUGCAGUUAUGUCUGACGUGUUCUUUGCCCUCAAAUCUCUGAGCUAAGGAAGAAUAACUUUAGUAGUUAUCUCUUUAUUCCACUCAUUUCAGUAUUAUGGGUCAUUUUUACUGCUUCUAAAGAACUGUGCCUCACACAGCUGGUUUGUUUGAAUAUACCACUGUCAUGUAAAAUCUGAAAACAGAAUGGAGAAUGACAGCUGGAUGUUCAACGAACCAGGGUCAGAAAACAGAGAUGGGUCAGUGUAGGGCAGGGGACAUGGCAACGAAUGACUGAGUAGCAACAUUUGGAAGCUGAUUGAUAGAGAAAAAAAAUUAGACUGACUUUGUUGACAUACAAUACCUGUUUGCAAGGCCCUCCACUGGCUGAAGAACUGUGGUUUAAUUGGCUAUAUCUGUUAAGUAAGUUGUUCUUGCUUCUUUAUUCUGUAAUAUUAUAUCCAGAUGAUUGUCAUAUCUAUAACAGAAGAUUGAUGGUAAUAUAAUUUGUAAGGCACUGUCUCUAAAACUGAAUCAGAUUGAUUCUGUCAAUACCAUAAAGUCAUAAACUUUAUACUUUAUGGUAUAAAGCUAUGCCAUAAUUUUAUAGUAAGUUAUGGUGUCUUUUAUGAAUUUGUAUUUUAAAGCAAGGUUUCAGUGAAUGAUGUUUGCAACUUGAUUGUGCCUGUGUCAGUAAUCAGAUUGAGUUAAACUGCUGCAAGAUCCUGUAAUGUGUUAGAUGGUGUCUUGGCAUUUUCUGCAUUUACCGUCUUGAAUUUGUUGGUCUUUUAUGAUGUAUAGUUGAUAAUUCUUUGUGUUAACCACCUGGUUCUGUAUUGCCACAAGGAACCCUUCUGUUUCUGGGAAGAGAUCUCCAGCACUGAGCCAGGGAUUCUUGUCGACAUCUAAUCUGUUCAUUCUUGGGAUGUCUUCCAUGGAGGGUCAUGCUCUUCAAUUGGUUAAAAUUUUCUUCUAUAGUGAUAAUUUCUUCAUUUUUCUGGGUUCUCCUUUCACUUAAGUUCAGUGGUGUAUACUUCGUAUCAGAAUUGCAUGCAUGUGUGGAGCACUGGUUCCUGUUUGCAUUGAUGAAAAUAUAUCUUUAUAAUUUUUUUCUGACUGUUGUCUAAAUUUUUUAUAUCUGUUAUUCCUCUUCCUCCUUCUGUCCUAGGUUGUGUUAAUCUAAGUGCAUUCGAGUACAAUGUUAUUUAAAAUUUGUCAUUUCAGUUCUUAUUUUUCUUUGUAAAUUUUCCAGUUGGGUUUCAUACCAAGUCAUUAGGCCAAACGACUACGUUAAUAUAGGUAUAACAAACGUGCCUAUUGCCUUUGGUAUGUUUUUACAAUUGAGCUCUGUUUGGCAGCUUUUCUUAAGCCUUGAAGUAAAUUCUGUCAUAAGUUUUCCCUUUAUCACACUAAAAUCAAUUGUACAAUCAUCCAUCGAUUGUAUUGUAUCAUGCCACUCUGUUUUGUAUUCUAAUAGCUCUCUUAUAUCCAUCUUUAUGUUUACAGUUCUGUUACAUCCAGUAUCCAGUUGCAGAGGGAGUUGUUGAGACCCAGCGAGGAUAGUUUCCCUAUCAGUUUCUGGGGUAUGAUAGUGUUGAAUGCUGAAAUGAAGUCUGUAGACAGCAGUCUGGCACAUGAGACCCCAUUUUCCGGGUGGAACAGGACAGAGUGGAGGGCAGAGGCUAUUGCAUCAUCAGUGGAUCAAUUCGAGCGAUAAGCGAACUGGAAAGGUUCCAGUGCAGCUGGGAGAAAGGCUUUAAUGUGCUCCAUGAUAAUUCGCUCAAAGCAUUUCAUAAUAGUUGAUGUCAAUGCCACCAGACGAUAGCCAUUUAGACAGGUUACUGUCACCUUCUUUGGCACAGGAAUGAUGGUUGCCACCUUGAAAACUGAGGGGACGAUGGACUGUUCCAGAGAGGUAUUGACUAUAUCUGUCAGCACAUCAGUCAGCUGAGCUGUGCAGUAUUCCAGAACCUGAUUUAAUAUAUUAUUAGACACCGCGACUUAGCGUGGGUUGACUGUGACCUUCACCUUAGCUUCAGCCAGACAGAGUGUCUGCUUCCUUGGCGUGGGGUGGGGGGGGGGGGGGUGGGAGAGGCCUUGCUCGCCAGCACUUUGUUCUGUGCAUCAAACCAGGCAUAAAAAACAUUCAGCCUGUCGUGGAGUUGGGCAUCCUGGUCACUGAUGUGCAGGGUAGACUGUAGACUGUCAUCCUUUGAAUUCCCUGCCGCAGGCGCAGUGUGUCUCUGGUAUUGCAGAAGUGGCUGUAUAUUCUCUGAGAAUGCUCCCGUUUUGCCACCUUGAUAGAGUGAGAAAGCACAGUUCUUGCUUCCCUGAGAGCUGUAAACGCAGCAUUACAAUGUGUUUUGUGAUGUUAUUUAUGUAAAUACAGAUUUAUGUAAAUACAGAUACCGCCACCGCGGGUCUUGCCUGAGAUCGCUGGAUUCCUGUCAACCUGAAACCUUCACACUGGAUGGCCACAUCCAGAAUGGUGCCCUGAAGCCAUGUUUCCUUGAGAAUGAGUACACCGUUGUUCCUCAUCUCUUGCUGAUUCACAGUCUUAAGCCCAAGCUGUGGAGCUAAUACAAAGUUCAUAUCUUCAGAAAACAGUUGUACUGUUUGAAUCAAUGGCUUUAGCUUUACUAAUGAAGGAGCAUGCAGUUUCAACUUGUCUGUGUAUAGAAGGUGUGUCAAGAUAUUAUAUUUUUAUUUUUUCUCAUCUCAAACUGGUAAAACCUGAGGUAUAUGCAUAGCCAAACAUGACUUAUUUCUCAAUAGCUAUGAACUUCUCGACUAUUUUAGAGGUGUUUAGUAUUGUAGCUUUUUACAUAAAUGUUGUGUGGCCUAAUUGUUUAAUGCUGUUGUGUAGUGACCAUGGGACCCUAUAUAUUACUAUUCAGACAAUGUAUACCUUGUUCACGUUCCAUAGUCUCUCAAUUUCCUGUUUUAAUUCAGUAUAUUUCAGGUGGUUUUUCACUAUUGACUUAUUUAUGUUAUGUGUGUUUGGAUCAGCUAUAUCUAUUAAGUAAGUUGUCUUUGCUUGUUUUUCCUGUAGUAUUAUAUUUAGAUGGGUAUUAUGGAUUACCCUAUCUGUAACAAUAGCCAGGUUGUAAUAUAAUUUGUAGGACUCUGACUCUAAACCUGGAUUAGGCUUGUAUUGACAGUAAGGUAUGGUGUCUUCUAUGAGUUUGUAUUUUAAAGCAAGAUUUUGGUGAAUGAUGUUUGCCACUUGAUUGUACCUGGGUAAGUAAUCAGAUUGAGUUAAACUGCUUCAGGAUCCUUUUAUGUGUUAGAUUGUUCCUGGCUUCUCUUGGCACUUUCUGCAUUUAUCACCUUGAAUUUGUUGGUUUUCUGUUAUGUAUAUUUUAUAAUUUUUUGUGUUAUCUAACUAGUCCUGUAUUGCCACAGGGAAUUAUGGUUAUGCUUUUUAUUAUCUUUUGUGCAUUGGUUAUUGUCUGUUUCGUUGGGUCAGCUCUUACAUUGAUUCUAUUGUGUUUCUUGGAUUUACUGUAUAUGCCCGCAAGAUAACCGAUCUCAGGGUUUUAUAUGGUAAUAUAAAUGUAUGCUCAUAAUAAAUUUACUUUGAUUUUUGAACUUUGCAGACACACCCGAGAUUUCACACAUUGGAGACUCUGUUCACCUGCUCCAUCUGUGGGAUGGGUUCAUUCAGUUAUCUGGGCUACUGACACAUCAGAGAGUUCACACUGGGGAGAGGCCAUUCACCUGCAGUUUGUGUAAGAGGGAAUUUCCUGGUCAUCCCAUCUGCAGGCAUACCAGUGAUUUCACACCAGCUCAGACUGUGGGAAAGGAUUCACUCAGUGAUCCCACCUUGUGAGGCAACAGUGAGUUCACACCAAGAGGCUGCACACUUGUGCUGUGUGAUUAAAGAGGUUUACUCAAUCAUCUCAUCUGCUCAGAUGCCAGCAAGUUCACACAGGCAAUUUGUUGAAUUUUUAACCUUCACAUUUGAUGAAUCCAGUUUCAAGUUGAAGAUUGACUGUUGGGGUCAGAUUCUGCAGUUAUUGCUGCUGUUCAUCACACCUGGAACUGAACCCUGGUCACUAGGCAUGGGACUUGUUUGUUCUGAUGACAUUAACUUUUAAUUGGACUGGAGUUAAAUAUUGUAGAUCUGUCAAAAAUGAAUUUAGUUCAAGUUUAAACAUUAUUUAAUCAUACCUGAAUGCGGCCAAAUAAAACAGCAUUUCUCCAAGGCCACAUUACCGACAGUCAUACACAGCACAAGGUAUGUAUAGUAUUUAACCAAUAGGAAGUAAAGAUACAGUCACACAAAAACAUAUCUGUAGCCAAAGAUCCUAAGAAAAUUCUCCUGUAAACUAAUGUGCAUGAGUGUUACCGACAAGAGUAAGCAGUCAUUUGCAGACAAAUGUACACAUGCUGACAAGCUUGUCCUUCCACCAGCGAACAUUGGAUAUGAUGAUUGGUGCCAUUGUGGAUAGUGCAGAGGCUGGCAAAGAAUACAGCACGAUAUAUAUCAGUUGCAGAUAUGAACAGAGAAAUGGCAAAUGGGGUUUAACCCAGCCAAAUGUAAAGUGUUGCACCUUAGUGGGUCAAAUGUAAAGAGGCAGUGUACUAUUAAUGGCAGGAUGCACAGCAGUAUGAAGAGGAGAGAGAUUUUGGUGUCCAAGUUCAUAAGUCCCUGGAAGUGGCUGCAUUGGUUGACGGUGGAUUGGAAGGCACAUGGCAUGCUUGCUUUUAUGAAGCAUUGGGUUCAAACUUCAGGAAGUUGUGUUGCAGCUUUCUAAAACUCUAGUUAGGCCACAUCUGGAAUGUUGGAUACAGUCCUGGUGGCCCCCGUUUUAGGAAAGACGUUGAGGCUUUGGAGAAGGUGCAGAAAAGGUUUACCAGGAUGCUGCCUGGGUUAGAGGGCAUGUGCUAAAACAAGAAGUUGGACAAACUUGGGUUUUCUCUAGAACAGUGGAGGCUGAGGGGAGAUCUGGCAGAGGUUUAUAAGAUUAUGAGAGACAUAGAGAGAGUAGACAGGCUUAUUUUUCCCAGGGUUGAAAUGUCUGAUAUCAGAGGGCAUUCAUUUGAAGUGCGAGGUGGUAAUCUCAAAGGAGGUAAGAGGAGCAAGUUUUAUAUACAGAGAGUAAUGGGUGGCUGGAAUGCACUGCCUGGGGUGAUGGUAGUGGCACUUUCAGUGGGACUUUUAAGAGAUAUUUAUAUAGACACGUGGAUGUGAGGAUAUGGAUGUGUCGGCAAAAGGGAUUAAUGUAGUUGAUCAUUUGGUCACUAAUUUAAUUGGUUUGGCACAACAUUGCAGGCUGAAAUGUCUAUUGCUGUGCUGUGCUGUUGAAUAUUCUAUCAUUUCUUAGCUAAGGGGUAUAAAAAUGCUCUCAGUAUUCUAAGUACAAUCUGAUCAAUGCCUCAUAAAGCCUCAGCAUUACAAUCUUGAUAUAAUGUCGAGUCCUUCAGAAUGUCCAGUCCUGAUGAAAAGUCUCAUUUCGAAACAUUGACUGGUUAUCCCUUUCCAUAGAUGCCACCCGACCUGCUGAGAUCCUCCAGUAAUUUGUAUGUGUAAUUCUGGAUUUCCAGAAUCUUUUGUGUAUGGCAUACUUACUCUAUACUCUAGCCCAGGUUUCUUAACUGGGGUUCCUGCGAGAGAUUGUGAUGAAAAUACAAUAAACAUUGUGUUUUUGAACUUAGCGUAACUGGUGAUGUUAGCGCUCACAAUGGUGGGCAGUCACCAAGCAGCCCCGUGAGAGGUCUCUCAGCCCAGUAAGGCAGUGUGCAGUAAGACCGUGUUUAUUUGGUUGAGUCCAUUCUCAGUUUUUGACAUGAGAUAGGGGGGCUUUUGAUAAUUGGUGAGCGCUGUAUUGCACGAAGGGGAGUAUAGUAGGCUGAUAAUUGGUGAGGGCUGUAUUGCACACAGGAGAGAAUGGUAGGCUGAUGAGGAACAUGAAGUGCAUUUUUCCGAGUAUUGAAUGGACUCACCCAUUUUUAUAUUUUAUUAACCCCGUGCCUGACAUUCCAAAGUGGCUGUUUUUGAAUUACAGUCUUCUGAGUCAUUUCACUGCAGUCGGGCAACAACGGAUACAAAAAGUCUGUCUUUAAAAUUAAAGCUACUUAUCAAUGGGUUUUACAUGGACUGGGGAUCCAAGUUAUCCUAUUCCAUUGUGCCCAGUCUAUGGGAAACAACUUACAAAUGUGGCAAUGGCGCCGGCACUUAACUACAAAUCACAGCCGUAUGACUCAUAAAUGUGCUGAUUACUUUAAAUGGCUAUUUAAAUCUUAAAGCAAACAGAGCAAAACUUUUGUUAAUAAAGUCACUGUCAGCAAAAGCAUAAAGGAAGCAAGUUAUUUGGUAGCAAUGCUUAUUACCCAGAAAAGGAAAAGUGAGAACCUAAUAAUACCAGCAUGUAAAAUUAUAGUGGGUGAAAUGCAGUUUAGAGAAAUAGAAAAGGUUUCAUGCUCAAUGAUGAUGAGUCCUGGCCAGCAGAGCUGCCUGAGAAGCAAAGUGGCUUCAAUGCUUGGAAGAUGAACCUUCUGCAGGACCUGCCAUCUGAUACCAAUGAUGGAGUGGAGGCAGCGCUGAUGGAAGUGCAACCAUAUUGCGGUACAAGACCUAGGGUUCAGAGCCGUUCAGCAGUGUCGUGGCAAUGGCAGUUCUGUACUACUGGAUUUUUGUGGACAGACACAGCAGUUGGUUCUUCACUCACGUUUCUGAAGGCACUACUAGCUCUGGUGAGUCAAUUUUCAGCAUCCCUUACAACUGUAGUGUUGUUGGAGACUACACUGCCCAGGUAGGUGAACUGCUCAACCAUGGUGAGAGGGUUGUCAUCAAUGGUGAUCCGAGGCAGAUUGUAAACGCCAUGAGGGAGGAUCUUUGUUUUCUUCAGACUGAUAGCUAUCUCGAAGCUCUUGCAGCCUUGGUGAACUGUGGCGCAUCUUCUGCAUGAGAAGAGCAAAGUCAUCCACAUAUAGUAGCUCAAGAGUGGGCUUUUGCAUGGUUUUUGUUCAGGUGAGAGGGCGACCACUCUUAAACAAUACAAUAAGUCAACGUAUAGAUGACAUGUCACAUGAUGCUGAAAAGGUUUUGUGUGAUAAACUGGAUAAAGAUCAACAGCUUCUCUAUCCAGGUUGAUGAGUCAACAGAUUUCACCAAUAAAUGUCAUGGUAACAUUUAUAAGAUUUGUAAAUGAUAAGUGAAAUUCAAAAAAAAACAUUUUCUGUUGCAAAGAGCUGCCCAAACCCAACAAAGGCCGAGAUACAUUUAAUCUAUUGUCUUCAUAUCUGGAAACGAGGACUGUCUUGAAGGAACUAUGUUGGCAUCUGUACUGAUGGUGCCCCAUCAAUGGUUAGCUCCAUGAGAAGUUUUGUUUCUCUUGUAAAGAAAGAAAAUCCUGAGGGUGUCACUACACACUGCUUUCUUCUUAGAAUGGUUGACUUUAUUAACAAAGACCAGUUCACUCAAGAAUGUUUUUUAAAAAACAAAAACCUGAACAAAGAGCACACCAAUCUUCUGCCACCUGCAGAAAUCCAUUGGCUUAAUAGAAGAAGAGCUCUCAACAGGGUGUUUGAGCUGAAAGGUGAAUUGCAAGAGUACUUUCAAGAAAAUAGGCCAGAUUUUGCUGAGUGUUUUGAAGAUGAAGAAUGGCUGUAGAAACUAGCCUACUUUGCAGAUGUUUUUCAUCCUAUGAACCACUUGAACAAGUCUCUGCAAGGUCAUGGAGAAAAUAUUUUGACUUUGUGACAAAACUCUUGGAAAUAAAAGGAAACUGAAUCCUUGGAAAAAUGUUGCAAAAAGGAAAUCUUGAAUUGCUUCCGCUGCUGCUUGGACUUGAGAGGGAGGGAGAAUCAGAAAGUCUUGAGUCUUAUCGAAAACCACCUGGAGGAACUGCAGAACAAAAUUGAACAGUGUUUUUUCUACCUUGGAGAGAAGAGGAAGAACUUUGUGAGAUGCAGUCUGAUCGUUCAUUCAAGAUGAGAUUUACUGACUUGUGCUUGGACAAGUUUUGGAUGUCUAUGAAAAAAGUGUAUCCUGUCAUUCCUAUUCAUAGGAAAACAAUGAAGAUUUUUCUGCAGUUUUCAACUUCUUUUCUUUUUUCUUUUUAAAUCUUUUUAUUAAUUUUAAACAAACAUAAAUGAAACAUGAAUACAGAGAGUUUGAAAGUACAUAAUUAAUAGGUUAAGUAUACAUUCUAUAGAUGAUAAUCCAUAUAUAAUAACCUCCCAAACUCAUAGUAAUUACGAAAAAAGGAGUUAAAAAAAAGAAAAAAAUCCCCAAAAAAGAAGAAAAGAAAAAAAAAACUAACCAACAUGGGCCGUUGAUUGCAUUAUGUCAAAUAUACACAGUAGUGUCAAUAACUCCGCACAUCUCCCUGCAUCCACCCGAUCAAGCCCUUUCACAAUCUUAUAUGUUUCAGUAAGAUCGCCUCUCAUUCUUCGGAACUCCAAUGAGAAGAGUCCCAAUCUACUCAAUCUCUCAUCAUACAUCAACCCACCCAUCCCCAGAAUUAACCUAGUGAACCUCCUCUGCACUGCCUCGAGAGCCAGUAUGUCCUUUCUUAAAUAUGGACACCAGAACUGCAUGCAGUAUUCCAGGUGUAGUCUCACCAAUACCCGGUACAACUGCAGUAAGACCUCCCUGUUCUUAUACUCCAUUCCCCUAGCAAUAAAAGCCAGCAUUCCAUUGGCCUUCUUGACCACCUGCUGCACUUGCAUACUAACUUUUUGUGUUUCCUGCACCAGGACCCCCAGAUCCCUUUGCACAGAAGCACUUUCCAGUUUCUCUCCAUUUAGAUAAUAACUUGCUCUAUUAUUUUUCCUGCCAAAGUGCAAGACCUCACACUUGUCAGUAUUAUAUUUCAUCUGCCAAAUGUCUGCCCAAUCACUCAGCCUAUCUCUGUCCCACUGCAGGGUUUCAAUGUCCUCCGCACUCAUUACACUCCCUCCCAUCUUUGUGUCAUCAGCAAUUAUUAUUAUUAAUUAUAAUAAAUAUAAUUCAACUUCUUACGUGUGUGAGCAACCUUUUUCUUGAUUAACAAGCAUCAAGAGCAAGGCUAGGGAUUCUCUCAUUUCAGUUCAAGGAGAAAUCUGUGUUU